AUGCGUCUCUCUACCCUCUUCCUGUCGCUCAUCAGCGUCGCUACGAGCGUUUCUGCGCACCCUAAGAAGGCAGAGCAGCCUACCUUUUCGCGCAAUGUGAUCUUCUCACCACCCAGGGACGCCAACUGGACCGACCCCGGUGUCCUUUAUGCGCGCAGUGCCCAGCUCGCUGACGGUUCGCUCCUCGCAACCUGGGAGAACUACUCGCCCGAGCCACCAAAGGUCUACUUCCCCAUCUUCAAGUCAACCGACGGCGGAAAGUCGUGGAAGGAGUUCUCGCGUGUGCAAGACACAAAGAACGGCCUCGGUCUGCGCUACCAGCCAUUCCUCUACGUACUUCCUGAGGCGAUUGGUGGCUACAAGGCCGGCACCGUCCUCAUCUCUGGAUCCUCUAUCCCCACCGAUCUCUCGACCACCGACAUUGUUCUCUACGCCUCCAAGGACAGCGGCAAGACCUGGGAGUUUGUCUCCUCCAUCGCUAAGGGUGGAGAGGCUCGUCCCAACAACGGCCUUACUCCCGUCUGGGAGCCUUUCCUGAUGAUGAACAAGAAGACUCUCAUCUGCUACUACUCCGACCAGCGCGAGAACGCCACCUACGGCCAGAAGAUGGUUCACCAGACCACCACCGACCUCAAGACCUGGGGCGCAGUCAUUGACGACGUCACCUACCCCACCUACACCGACCGUCCUGGUAUGCCCACAGUCGCCAAGCUCCCCAACGGAAAGUACAUCAUGACCUACGAGUACGGCGGCGGACCUGCCAUCACCACCUCAUACCAGUUCCCCGUCUACUACAAGAUCGUAUCCGACCCCGAGAAGUUCGGCGAGGCCACCGGUAUCAGCCUUAAGUCGACUGAUGGUACCAUCCCCACUGGUUCUCCAUACGUUGUCUGGAGCUCUGCUGGCGGCAAGAACGGAACCAUCAUUGCCAGCGCACACAGCAACUCUGAGGUGUUCAUUAACAAGGGUCUUGGAGAGGGCCCUUGGGUCAAGGUUGCUACUCCCGAAGCAACCUCUUACACUAGGCAUCUUCGCGUUCUCAAGGACCAGUCUAAGUUGUUGAUUAUGGGUGGUGGAGAGCUGCCUCCUGCUAGCAACAACUCAGUUACUGUUACCGUUGUUGAUAUCAGCAAGUGGUAG